GAGUCUGAGGACUCGUGAGGACUGAGUGGAUGUCUGUGGGGAGGCGCUGGUUUGUACUCUGUCACCUGAACGCCAGCAGGACAGACAGCAGGACUGAGAUGCUGCUGGUGAGCUUCAGUCAGAUGUGUCCAGAAAAGUGGGUGAGCUCUGCGAUGGAGGACAGCUCCGAGAAAAAUCCAGCAACUUCUGAAGCUCCAGGAGAUGUAGAACAAGCUUUGCUGCCAGUUUGCAGUGCUGCAGGUUUGAAGCCGCUGGGGAACAGCUGUCUCUGGAGAACCGGAGUGACGGUGCUCAUCAUCGGAGCGGCGCUCAUCCUGCUCGGAGCCGCCGGAGCUUUCCACCUCUGGAAGAACGACGGGAAACAACAGGUGAUCAGUCUUCACUACAGUAUUAGAAUCAAUGGAAAACCAGCAGAUGCUUCAAUGGAAAUCGACUCUAAGAACAACCUGGAGAAAACACGGACAGGCAGUGAGGACGGAGAGGCAGUGGAGGUUCACGAUUUUAAAGCAGGAAUCACCGCAGUCUGGUUUACAGGAGAACACAAGUGUUACAUCAGAUCUCAAACUAGAGAUAAACUGCCUGAGCUGGAGACGCUGGGAGAGCGGGACUCUGUAACCUUAGAGCUGGACGAGAUGUUGCCGCAGAAACCGGAUGAAGAUCCUGUGGUCUGGGUAGCAUCUCAGGAACCAGUUAAAGACAAGCAAUUCCUGAGCCCCCAGAUCCUGAAGCAGUGCAGAGAUCUUCCAGUUUACUGGCUUCAUCCGACUCACCCAAAGACAGGAAGGAAGAGGCGUCAGAUUGAAGUGGAGGAGUUUGAUGAGAGAGAAGCGAAUGUGAAGAACGAUACUGGAAGCCCAGGUCCAGGGGAGGAGAACCUGGAAUCAGGAUCUGCAGGAUCUGCAUAUAAUCCUGAAAAUCCUUAUCAUAGGAAGCAGGAUAGUGAGGUGGGAAACAUGGUGUUCGACGCCCUCCUGGAUCACCGUGGAAUCUGCUGUAGUGAAUGCCAGCGUGGGCACACUCACUGUGAGCGUAUCUGUGAGCCGCUGGGUGGUUACUGGCCGUGGCCCUAUAACUACCGGGGCUGCCGCGUGGCCUGCAGACUCAUAAUGCCCUGCCGCUGGUGGGCCGCCCGCAUGCUGGGGCUCGUCUAGACCUCCAAAACUACUCACAACUACUCACAACUACUCAAAACUACUCACAACUACUCAAAACUACUCACAACUACUCACAAAUGCAUAUCACUGCUCUCCAAUUAAACAUGUGUGUAGCAUUCUCUAUUGUUUGAGCCAAUACAGUGUCUUUAAAAGUAUGUAUACCCUUUGAUUUUUCUAUUUAUAGGUUUAUGUUUGAGUAAAAUGAUCAUUGUUGUUUUAUUCUAUAAACUACAGACAACAUUUCUCCCAAAUUCCAAAUAAAAAUAUUGUCACUUAGAGCAUUUAUCUGCAGAAAAUGAGAAAAAGAUGCAGAGCUUUCAGACCUCAAAUAAUGCAAAAAAAAAACAAGUUCAUAUUCAUAAAGUAAUUUUAAGAGUCCAGAAAUCAAUAUUUGGUGGAAUAACCCUGGUUGGUUUCUAAUCACAGUUUUAAACUUGCAUCUUGGCAUCAUGUUCUCCUCCACCAGUCUUACACACUGCUUUUGGAUAAGUUAUGCUGCUUCACUCCUGGUGCAAAAACAAGCAAGUGGCAAACUUUACAAAUAUUGAGCUUCUUUGAUUUACAACAUUGAAAACCUCUGGAAUAUAAUCAAGAGGAAGAUGGAUGAUCACAAGCCAUCAAAAAUGAACUGCUGGAAUUUUUGCACCAGGAGUAAAGGCAUAAAGUUAUCCAAAAGUAGUGUGUAAGACUGGUGGAGGAGGACAUGAUGCCAAGAUGCAUGAAACGAACAAGGGAUUAAAAACAAGGGUUUUGCAUAACUUUGUGCCUUCAAUCCUGGUGCAAAAACAAGAAAGUAUCAAAUUUACAAAUGUUAAGUAAUGACUGGAACUGUCUUUUUAACUGUUUUUAUAUUAUUAAAUUAAAGGUAUU